GGUGGAGCGGGGAACCCUGCGGGCCUCGGGGGUCGGGGGGAAAAGGAGGAAGGUUUCCCCGCCGCGGAGGAAAAGGCUUCGGCCGGCCCGGAGCUCGGUGCCAGCAUGGAAAUAACAGCACGGUGUGUGCCCUCCCCUCCCUUCCUUCUGCUUUCGGCCACGAACCUCUCGCAGCUCUCGUUCUGAAAGGAAACCCGGGCCCGUUUCUCCGCAGGGCAGCGCGAACUUUGACAAGCCUUUGUCCAGGCGGCUGGACUGGGAUGGGCCUUACGGGUCCCUUCCAGCCCGGGAUGUUCUGUGAUAGUCUGUGAAUGCAGCGCUCUGCACCCUCCCCGAGCCCCCCCAUACGUGCUUGGAGCCAGCUGCAAAGGGAGUUUACGAGCUGUUCUGUCAUACGAACAUUGCUCAUGGUACCCCAAACGUGCGAGUGCAAGAGAAGAGGAAGAACAAGCUCUUAACUGUAGUCCACAACGUGCUGAACUCUCCUGUACUUCCCUGGUACUGAAACGUAUCAAUGGACCUUGCAAGUACUGUCAUAGUGCAGUAACCUUUGUCUUUCCAAGCUAUAGGUCAUAACUCCUCAUAGCUGCCCAAAGAGCAUUUCUGCCUUUCUUAAUGCAGAUGCAGAAAUCUGAGGUGCAGAAAACUCACCCUUAUCAGGCUGUAUUUGGACCUCUGAAGGCACAAAAGGCAGAGAAGAGGUCAAAAUUAAAACUACUUUUCUCAGAGGACUUGGAAUGGGCCUGGAAAUUGUGAUCUUUGGCAGUUAAACAAAGGCAGAAGGUGGCAAUGAUGACCUCUGAAAAUUAAUGAAUUAGUACAAAUGAAAGUAGUGAUACUUCAGAUGACAGCUGUGACUGCAGACAUCUCUUCCCACCACAGAGCAUGGAGACAAGCUUCUGUUCCUCUGAUUCGUUAUGAUUUCCAGGCCCAUUCCAAGUUCUCUGAAAAAAAAAAAAAACAAUUAGUUUUAAUUUGGAUCUCUCCUCUGCCUUCCUGAUCAUGGGUGGAGGAGGAUUCACCCUGGUGCUGUGAGGGCAUUGCAGUCCAGAUGGCAUGGGUGCUGUCUCUGGACAAAAGCUAAUCCAUCCCCCAUCAAGAAUGAAGCUUUGCCUGGAAGUGAUGAAAAGAGUGGCUCAACAGAGAGACUCCACUUUUCACCAAAGCAGCCUGCCCCCCGGAGGAGUUGCUGGAACACAUCUGACUACUGCCAGCGAGGCCCCAGCCAGCCACCAUGUACUGCCUUCAGUGGUUGCUACCUGUCCUGCUCAUACCCAAGCCCCUCAACCCAGCCUUGUGGUUCAGUCACUCAAUGUUCAUGGGGUUCUACCUGCUCAGUUUUCUACUGGAACGGAAACCUUGCACAAUUUGUGCCUUGGUCUUCCUAGCAGCUCUAUUCCUCAUCUGCUACAGCUGCUGGGGGAACUGCUUCUUGUAUCACUGCACAGGAUCCCAGUUGCCAGAAUCAGCUCAUGAUCCCAACAUAGUGGGCACCUAGAAAAUCAUAAUCUUCCAAUCUGCUGAGGGCUCUUGUUUUGCUUUUAAAAAGGGGUUGGGGCUGGGGAGGAGGGGGGUGUUGGGUAUGGGACUGGAGUAAGGACAACCUGUUUCCUGUAACUGUGUGUGGACUGGACUGACAAAUUCUUCCCACUCUGCCUGUGAAAUUCGACUCGUUUACUGUGUGAACUGUGGCAGCACCACCUGCUUUUUUAGAAGCAGAAGUUUUUUUCUCUCCCGUAUCACUGGGAACAGAGACCAGCCCUCUCAACUGAGAACUGCUGGGAGCCUGAGCUGCUGGCUCUGCCCAGCUGGGAGUGCUGAAGUUGUGUCACUUGUCUGCAUUAGGCCAUGGUGGUCUAACUCAGGGCUCUUGGCCCACUGAUCCUGCUAGAAUAGCUACAAGAUUCUCUCAGUCUCUCUUUGUGGGGAGCCAGCCUUCCCACCCUACUGAUCAAGGGCAAGUAAAACAGCUCACAAAUGGACUUGGCCAAAAGCUUCUGGAGCUGGAGGCAGGUGAGUCAUCUCCUCCUGCCCAGACUGCCAAAGUGAUAUGUGCACUGCUGAAGUGCUUUCUGAACUCUAUGCUCCAAGAUCCGAGCCUGAAAGCCUCAGUUAUGCUGCUGCUUUUAUAAAGCCUGACAGGCGGUAGAGACUGUCUCUUUCCUCCUCCUCCAUGUCUUGGGUUUGCCAGGGUAUUGACUGUUGGGAGAAAGACCCAGCAUGCUGCAAGACAUGGGGUUUUGGAAGCCACUGUGAACUUCACCCUACAAAACUCAUGCUAGCCCAAAAGGCUGGAUGUGGGCAGGGCAGGAGAGGAUCCAUGAGGUGGAGGCAUGACUUGGAGCAGUAAAUGCUUCAUCCAUUUUCAGAGAUAAUAGUUUUGGGCCAGAGGUGACAGAAAGUGCUGGUGCUACUGACUAGAGAAGGCUGGAAAAAUGCCUGGUGUCUGCAGCUUCCCUGGCAGAAGGAUAUCAAGAAUCUAGGGUGGUGGUGGGUCAGGCCUGCAGCCUGGGGCAGAGGUUGGUUUGUGAGAGAGGUUGACACGAAGCACUUACCUCUAAACUUGGAAGGUUUCCCUCUGCUUUGCCAUCUGUUUGUCUUUCCUUCUGUCUUCUGGUGGAGAGCGGCAGAAGUGGUUGUUGCUGUCCUGAGGCAGUUCAAGCUAUGAGGUUGUGAAACUUCAGAGUAUUGUUUGUUCAUUGCACAGCUGUUCAAAAUGUUUAAUAAAGCUUUAUAAACUUUG